CCGGCACACCUGAGCCCAGUGCUUCAGGCUGACCUGCAGUUCAGGACUCCUGUUCCCCACACAGCAUUAUUUCACCUGGUGGGCUGUAGGCUUCGUGAAAAGACCAAAUCUCCCGAGAAUAAACCGUAAUCGGGAUUAUCAGCUGCACUGCUGGAACGGGAUUUUGCCACUGCAGAGCUGUGGAGUUGAUCUCGUUGCAGGAAGGAAGAGCAGUUCUGAGGAGAGGAGUUGUUUGACUUGAGCUGGCGGGCGGGAGAGGAGCGCUGCCACAGGGCCGAGGAGAUUCCAGCAUUAAGCAGAGUUCCCGAUCCUCUGAGGCAGGUGAGGAUGAAAAGGACCAGCGCACAGUGACGGUCAACCCCUCGCACAUGAGAAAGGCGUUCAAGGUCAUGAAUGAAUUGCGGAGCAAGCGACUCCUCUGUGACGUAGUGAUUGUGGCUGAAACCGUGGAGAUGGAAGCCCACCGUGUGGUCCUGGCGGCCUGCAGCCCUUAUUUUUGUGCGAUGUUUACAGGAGACAUGUCUGAAAGCAAAGCCAAGAAGAUCGAGAUAAAAGACGUGGAUGGGCAGACACUGAGGAAGCUGAUUGAUUAUAUCUACACAGCUGAGAUAGAGGUCACGGAAGAGAACGUGCAGGUAUUGCUGCCAGCUGCUAGUUUAUUGCAGUUGAUGGAUGUUAGAAAAAACUGCUGUGACUUUCUUCAGUCCCAGCUGCAUCCCACAAACUGCCUUGGAAUUCGAGCUUUUGCAGAUGUGCACGCAUGCACUGAGCUGCUGCAGCAGGCCAAUGCCUACGCAGAGCAGCACUUUCCUGAAGUGAUGCUAGGAGAAGAAUUUCUUAGCCUUAGUCUGGACCAGGUUUGCAGUUUAAUAUCAAGUGACAAGCUCACAGUCUCCUCUGAAGAAAAGGUCUUCGAAGCGGUCAUUUCUUGGAUAAAUUACGAGAAGGAGUCUCGCUUAGAGCACAUGGCUAAGCUGAUGGAGCAUGUUCGCCUCCCCCUUUUGCCCAGAGAUUACCUUGUACAGACAGUUGAAGAAGAAGCUUUAAUCAAGAAUAACAACACAUGCAAAGACUUCCUUAUCGAGGCCAUGAAGUAUCAUUUGCUUCCUCUGGAUCAAAGGCAAUUGAUCAAGAAUCCCAGAACAAAGCCAAGGACUCCUGUCAGCCUGCCGAAGGUGAUGAUUGUGGUGGGCGGGCAAGCGCCCAAAGCCAUCCGCAGUGUGGAGUGCUAUGACUUUGAGGAGGAGCGGUGGGACCAGGUUGCUGAGCUUCCCUCCCGGAGGUGUAGAGCAGGCGUGGUGUUUAUGGCUGGCAAUGUUUAUGCUGUCGGAGGCUUUAACGGAUCUUUAAGGGUACGCACCGUUGACGUGUACGAUGGCGUGAAGGACCAGUGGACAUCCAUAGCCAGCAUGCAGGAAAGAAGAAGCACUUUGGGUGCAGCUGUGCUCAAUGAUCUCCUGUAUGCCGUGGGCGGUUUUGAUGGCAGCACCGGUCUGGCAUCAGUUGAGGCCUAUAGCUAUAAAACCAAUGAGUGGUUUUUUGUGGCUCCCAUGAACACAAGAAGAAGCAGUGUUGGAGUUGGAGUUGUGGAGGGUAAGCUCUAUGCUGUGGGGGGUUAUGAUGGAGCAUCUCGCCAGUGCCUUAGUACUGUAGAGCAGUACAACCCGGCCACCAACGAAUGGACCUACGUAGCUGACAUGAGCACUCGACGCAGUGGUGCAGGUGUCGGUGUUCUCAGCGGGCUGCUGUACGCGACCGGUGGGCACGAUGGGCCCCUGGUCAGGAAGAGUGUGGAAGUCUACGACCCAGGAACAAACACCUGGAAGCAAGUAGCAGACAUGAAUAUGUGUCGAAGAAAUGCAGGUGUGUGUGCGGUGAAUGGUCUCCUCUAUGUGGUGGGAGGAGACGAUGGUUCCUGUAACUUGGCCUCUGUGGAAUACUACAACCCCAUCACGGACAAGUGGACAUUGCUGCCAACCAGUAUGAGCACAGGAAGGAGUUAUGCAGGUGUUGCUGUGAUUCACAAACCAUUGUGACACACAGUCAAGCCAAUGCGAGGAGCAGAAGUGACGUGGAUCCAGCUAGGUGGCGUUGGGAAGAUGACUGACCUCAGCCUUGACCCAUCUCAUUGCUGUUACGUCUUCGCCUGACAAGUGAUCUGUUACAAACCUCAUCUGCUCUGCGGUGGAUUGCGCAGCAAAGUGAAAGUCCUUCUGGGGACAUGUUCCAUGCUAGACACGAGGUGUUGCUUGUUAUCUGUGGUGCAAUCAACUGUUUUUCUCAAUGGCUAGUGUCCUGAGAUAAACACGGUGCUUGAACUGCGGGCACUGAGUCUCCUGUAUGAAACAAAAGCGCUACGUUUGGGCAUGUGAGUAAAGAUGAACGCUUCUGGAUUUCUUCACUACUGAUGCUCCGUACCCAUUGCUGGUUGAACUACUUUCUCACUGUUCCCUGAGGGCAGACCUUACUACUGACAGUGGAAACUUCUGAGUACCAACUGAGAAAAGCAGUCAGCAGGGACAGACUGGAACAGGGUGCUCUGGCUUGAGUGUGACGCUGUCCCAGUCAUACGUUUGUACGUGCCACUGGACUGCUGUGUGUAUCCCUGCAAUGCUUGUCGUAUGGUGGAAAUAAAUACCAUGUGAUUUUUCUACUUGCCACGAAUGCUGUUUCCUGUACAUGCUGGGCUCUGCCUUCCCUGGGGCUGAUGUCUCAGCAGCUCCACCACACAAAACUUCUCAGCCCUCCCAAAAAAGUGCUGCUCUGACAGGGUUCGUUGCUCCUGUGAAACAAAUACUGCUUGAAUAGAAACUAUUCCUUACCCAUGCAUCUCCCUGGUGUUGCCAGCUGUGCUGAAAGCCCCGGUUCUAACUCUGUCCAGCAUUUCAAUGCCAUAGUAGAGCAUUUAGAUGUCAAAGAUCUUAUGGUGCCAUUAAUGUAGAAAGUACCAACAGCAAGAACCCUGUCAGUCAGGCAGUGGUUAACGAGCAAGGUAAUGUGCAGUGUCUUAAUGCUUCCAGAGUGUGGAGAUCUCUCUAAUCACUGUCAUUGUAACUGUUAUUUUAAUCUUCCCUGUACUGAAGGUGUUCUACUGGUAGUGCAAAGCAUUUAUAUGAUUAUUCAAAAACAAAAUCGGAGGCAAAUCUAGAUACAGCUGUGAUGCAGUCGUCUUGCUUACAUCACACAUCCUCAGAGCUUUCUGUUUAAGAGGAUUGCUUGACUUUCACAGACCUUUGUUUGCCUCCUGGUGAGCUCUGACAUACAGUGUACAGGAAUGCAGACUCCCAAAGUACUCUCCUGCUGUAUUCUUUUUUUUUUUUUCUUCUUUUUUCUUUUUUUUUCUUUCCCAUCUCACUUAACUUUGAUUGAUGUGGCCUUCUGUGAGGGCUUGUCUCGCUCCUUUUCCAUGUAGAUCAGCUGAGGCUUUCUGCUGGGGCAGCUGGCCUGCAGGACCAUAUCUGCCCGUGUUACUGCUGAGCUCCAGCACUUAAUGCUGUUCUUUUCCUGGUGUAUUUCUCCAUAGAUCUGUCAAAAACACUCCAGGCAAACUUCUGCAGUAGGAUAGAAAAAUACCCAGGAAUCGAUUUCAGAGGGAUCUAAGGCUAAAUCACCUCGUGCAGCUUUACUAGGUGCGGAUGUUAGUUCUGUAAAUAAGAACAUUUUAGUGUUGGAGUUGACGUGGUCCUUGUAACGUGGGUGCCUGCUCUCUCUGGGGGAAAGAGUGCCUACCCCUGCUGCUUCACUUCCCAUGGAGGAGGGCUAACAAUAAUAAGUCCUUUCUGUAAUAGCCUUUAAGUUUCAUUGUAAGUUAAGUUUCAAUUUGCCAUGAAACAUGCUAAAAUAGCAUCAUUUGCUGCUUUUUGUGAUGGCUGGUCUUAUUGUAAAAGCUAUUGAGGCUGGUGGGAAUGUAUCCCAGGCUGAAGCUGGCUUUGUAUCAGAGUCCUGAGAUGCAUCUUUACAGUGACAUAAGCAAGGGGAUGCCUUGGCUUGGAGUGACUUUACCCCUAAAGCUGAUUGCCAGGUGUUUCCCUUGCAUGCAGCCUGUGGGAAUAUGGCAUAAAAUGGGAUGGGCAAAGCUUUUUGGUCUGAUAUCAUCUCUUGUUGGAUGGAGAUCAGUCAGCAAGAUGGACACGUAUUGAGCGUGCCUGUCUCUCAUUAGGUCUCAAAUCAAGAUAGGAAACAUAAGGCUAAAAAGCUUUGUCAUAGCCAACGAUAGCUGCCAAACUGUCAUCACUGGAGCAAAGGCAAACGUUAGCAAGAGAUUGAGAGUUUGUGGGUUAGAGAUUUAAAAAAAAAAAGUGCUAAAGAGAUGCAAGUCUGAAGUUUGCUGGGUUUCUCAGAUGUUGUGAAUGGUGAAUGUGCUUGAAAGCCGGGUCAUUUUUUCCCCGAUUUACAUUGCUUUGUAAACCCUCCUCGUUUAGAAGGAAAACUGCUUUGGGUGAUUCUCUGCUAUUGUAAAAUGGCAUUUGUUGACACUGGUGCCAAGGCCUGCAGCUUGCUGGACAGGGCUAGGACUCGGUGCUGGCCGCCCAUCGCCGGUGCUCCUGGCUGCAGCCGCGGCUCCUCCACCCCAGACAAUUCUCCUUUUCCUUCUCAAAUGUUGCAGUGUUAUGCAAGUCAAGUGACCUCGUUUUCCAGCUAUGCAAUAUGAACAACUGUAACACACGGAGAACCAGCUGUAUUCCCCCCUCCCCUUGAAAUGCUUUUGGAAUUUGUCUGUCUUUGGCGUGUCGUUCCGUGUUUGUAUGAUUCACUCCGAGCACCUGAGCCAGGCCCUUUCAGGACUGCCUUUUUCUAGGACUGAAAGCGUAGCACUAGCGCUAACAACUUUUACUGUAAAUAUUUAUUUUUAAUAAGAAUUUUAAAUAACUUUUGGAUUGCUUUUUAUGGCCGUCUGUGACACCCGUGUUGAAUUCUGGAUCUGAUUCUUACGCUCCUGUGCACUUCGUGCUGGCUGUGACGUAGCUGUGAAUGUGUAUGGUUCCUGCACAAGAAAUUUCACGUUGUAACCGAGAUCUGGGAUAGCUCUUACGUUGGUUCUAACGCAGUGGAAGGACAGCAUUGGGCUCAACGUCCUGAAGCGAAUUAAAAUCCGUUACCUCAGUCACCAGUGCCCUCUGAGAUCGCUAGCUAUUUGGAAACAAUCUCAGUGCUCUGAUGUAACUUCCUUUCUGUUUGCUUUCCGCUCAGCUCGGUGGACAAGCUGCCUGCCUCGUGCCGUGUGAGCGCUGCUUGCGGAUGGAGAUGUGAUGCGCACGCAAAGCCCACGAGCUGCCAAAAAUGAUGGAGAUCUUGCAGGAGGCUUUGUCAAAGCUUUACAGACUGAUCUCAGGCGGCUUCCCCGUGGUGGCCUGCUGGGAAUGGGAAGGCUUUUCUCAGCUCUUUUGGGGGGUCUCCGUGUGCUGACCCCUAUGGGAUUGUGGCACUGGGUUUCCAGGUUUUCCUUGUGCAGACCCCGCAGUGUCCCCGGUGCAGGCUGGUGAAGAGGCUCACACCUUGCUGGCUCUGCGAGCAGCCCCGCACGUGUGCAGCAGGAUGGAUUUGCCUCAAGCAAUCUGUUGUUUAAACAAGUUUGAAUCAAGUCCAUCUUUUCCAUUUGUGCCUAAUAGAUAAAUUGGGGGUGAUUAAAACCAAUUUUCGGCUCAUUCAGUUUAUCCAAAUAUUUUUUUUUUUUUUUUAUAUUUGUACAGAUGCGUACAGCGCUGUAAUUCUGUAAUUACCAUAAAUUUACUCGGCGGCAUUUGCAUGACAGCCCCACGAAAGCUGAACGCUGUUCUCUCGUUUGCAGCGUUGGGAGACCACAGCCCUUGCAAUCCAGCCAUGUGUGAUGCCCGAUUCAUCCCGCUAACCCGGUGCUUCCGCAGAUAGCUGCAGCUUGAUUUUAUCCUUUGGGAUUCGUCGCUAAUAAAAGGCGGCAUCGGAGCGGCUCCCCUUGGCUUCGCGUUGUGCCCACGCAUCCCAUGCACACCCCUACAGCCUGAUGCUCAGACCGCAGGCUUUGGGAGUCUGGUAGAUAUUGUGGAGAUGAGUGAUUUUUUUUUUUUUUUUUUUCCUUCUGCCUUUGUCUUUCCGGUUUUAUAAAUUAUUUUCCUCUACAGUGACGACGAAGAAACGUUGAAGAAUUGUAAGUUGUGUAUUUUAUGUGUUAAACAACAAGCAAACCACCAACAACCAAAUGACUUUAAGAAGGAGAGAUGACUGUGAAGCGAUUCGCCUGGGUGUGAAGUUCUUUGCUUGUGUACAGCAGCCGUUGUUGGUUCCAUAGCUGACAGUGUCCCAGUUCAAGCUCAUUAGUUAAUGAAAGAUUUUGUGUGUGUGUGUGUGUGUGUGAAUGUGAAGGAUGAUGUUGCAAAGCAGUUCUCCUGACGGCUGCCAGGGGAUGGUCUUCACUGGUGUAUUUAUGACAAGAUCACGUUGUUCCCUGUACUUUAAUUUGAAUUAAAACUGGACUAAUGCAA